UGAGCCGAUCGAUUUUUACAAAUCUGCAGUUUUUUCGGGUCGACCUUUUGCGGGAGUUCGUGACUUACCUAUUCACUUUUUAAAACGACGAUAACGACAACAUGGGUAAUGACUCGAGUGCCCUCAAGGGCCUCGAAAUUGGCAAGGCCGUGGAGAUAACCGAUUCUUGGUCGCUUCAUAACGCCAGUAUUGGAGGUCAGAAUACUAACCCUCAAUGUUUGUCCAUUUUCAUUAGCGAACCCUCUUUACACUCUGAUCCCAGCUUUGGAAGGCCCACACCCUUGGAAAAAAAUGCUAAAAACUUAAUGCUCCAUCGUCACCCGUGCAUAUUAAAGUUUGUGUCUUCUUGGUCCAAGGGCAGUAUGUUUUAUUUUGUUAGUGAGGAAGUCAAGCCAUUGGAGCAUGUCAUAAGAUCUCAAACUACCCUGGAGAUAUGUAUUGGUCUGAACAACAUUUUGAAGGCUUUGCUUUUUCUGCAUGAGAAUGCCUCUGGCUCUCACAACAAUGUGUGUAGCACCUCUGUGUAUGUAACUACAGAAGGUUCUUGGAAACUUGGAGGCUUGGAGUGUUUCUGCAAACAUUCAGAGUUAAAAGAGUCUUACUUGAAAAAGAUCAAGACUUAUCGUUAUAAGAACGCCAUAUCUCCAAUGGAGGACACUUGGAUACAAGAUACUUCUGAUUUUGUUGUAAUUGACAAGUAUGCCUUUGCUGUGCUGGCUGAUGAAGUUUUAGGACUCAAAAAUAACGAUGAUGUUCCAGGUCUAUCAGAGUUCAAAGAUCUUUGCAAAAAAAAAUUCCAAGAUACCAGUCUCUCUGCGCUGGCUAGUCAUCCCUUUUUUGUGCAUGACUUCAUGAACAUUCAUUCUUUCUUAAUGGAAUUGCCUCUAAAAAACGACAGUGAAAAAGAACAUUUUUUUUUAAAUUUAGUUCCACAGCUAAAAAACUUUCCUGAAAAGAUAGUAGCAGAGCAGCUAGGAAAACUUCUGCUUUCUAGAAUGGUGCUACUAGAUGAAACUGCUCAAACGAAGCUUCUUCCUUUUAUUUUAAAACCAAAAGAUAAAGAUGAAGAUCCCGAGUUACUGACGUUAGCGACUUUCCAAGCUUACCUAGUACCAAGACUAUUACAAAUGUUUUGUGUCCGAGAUACACCCAUCAGAUUACUGCUGCUGUCGCACCUGAGCUCGUUUGUUAAAGCAUUUCAAGUGAAAGAUCUUAAGCACCGUGUGCUUCCUGAGCUUUUGGUAGGUAUCAAAGACACCAAUGAUUACUUGGUGAGCAUGACGUUACAUGCUCUAGCAAAUAUAGUCCCAAUCCUUGGAGGAGCCGCAGUCAUAGGUGGUAAUAGGGGUAAACUUUUUACUGACGGUCGACCAAAGUCUCGGAGAAGCAAAAAGAAUCUUCGUGUAACUUUCAGCACUCCCUCGGAGAUGGAAAGUAUAGAACCAAAUAAUAUUAACAUAACAUCCGAGUGUGAGUGUUUACCCGAGAGACCUUCACCAGAUGGAGGAGAGGACAAGGAAGAAGCCACUUUUACUUUUGCAGAGGAGGAAAAUUGGUCCGAUUGGGAUUCUCAUGAAGCGAGCGUGGAAGACAGUGUUACAGGAGAUAGUUUAAAAGAAACAAGAAUUGUCGAGGAGGAGCUGAAAAAUACGUCAUUGUCUAUAUCAAAAUCGAAAAACUAUCCGCGUAAGAAGCCUAUCUCCGACAUUUCAGAACUGGAUAUUAAAGUUUCCCCAUCGGUUGUGAAUGUCGAAGAGAUUGACUUUUUCUCAGACAUGGAACCUGUGAUACAGAAAGCUAAGGUUUUACACAUCGACACAACGUUCAACUUUCACGCUGACUUGGCACCAAAAGCGGACGACACGGAGGAUGGCUGGGGUGAUGAUCUCGACGGCUGGAAUGUUGAGAACAAUCUGACUUGAGAUUUUUAUUGUCCAGGUUGAAUGAAAAACAUUAAGGAAUAUUAUGAAAAAUCAUACAAGAAUAUUUUUUGUACGAUUAAUCAUUUAGUUUUUUUGUACAUAGGA